AUGGCCGGCGGCAAACGACGUCGCGAUGAACAAGGCGAAUACAGCCUCAACGCCCACGACGGUGGUGCAAGCAGUAUACGCGUCCAAGCAUCCAGAAAACAAAAUACGGAUGCAGCCACGACAAAGAGACUAAAGCUGUACCCGGCGUCGCAGGCCAGGAGCGUCCGCGCCACGGGGCGGCGAGGCUCUCAAGUUGCCUCGACAAGUUCCUCUCUCUCGCCAGGCACAGACUGCCUUUCACCGCUCUCCGACGAACUGCUCAUUCGCAUUCUCGGCAACCUUGACAUGACGGAUCUUCUCUCCUUGGCUUCUGUCUCGCGUCGGUUCCACUGGCUUGCAGAUGAUUCACAACUGUGGAAAGCAAUCUACUACGAGCGAUAUGUUCUUCCACGCGCCCUGGCGAUCCCGGGAUUUCGGGCCGGUCCUUUGAUUUCGACAAAAGGAACAACCGGUGAGACAGCCGAUGCGGCUACGCUUUUCUCGUUGUCCCGAACGCCAGGCUCCGGGUCGGGCGUUGGCCAUGGUACCGCAGACGGCCGUCAAAUGCGAACACAAUCAAGCGCAGUUCGUGACCGCUUUGGAAGCUGGAAUCGAAGCGUGGCAACCAGUUGGAAGCAAAAAUUCAAACUCCGGCAUAACUGGGCAAGGGGGAAAUGUGCUGUGGAGGAACUACGUCCCGACCACGGCGCGGCGUACGACGGCCCGUCUGCAUCACGAGAUGGAGGGGAUGUUGGCGGUGACGUUGAUGCUCCAGGCGAUGGGUUUCAUCAGAUGCUGCUCAAGGUGAUCGAUGGUAUCGCCGUGACCGCAGACCGGAAGCGUGGCUUGCGCGUGUGGGAACUGAAAUCUCGCAGCCUGGUCGCGACCAGCGACUUCUCGCAGCGAAGCAGGUUUGCGACCGCGGCCGGAUCGUUCGGUAAAGCACGCAAAGGAAGCCACUCGGAAGAAUACGGUGCAGAUCAGGCGCGUGAUGAAGCCAAAAGCCAUGGCAGGGACGACGUUGCAUUUUUGACGCCGAGAUCCUUGGCAGUGGAUGUCGGUACCAAUGUCUUGGACAUUGCCGUCGGAUUGCUGGAUGGAGGCUUCGAUAUAUGGCAAUUUGAUCUCGCAAAGAAAGCGCUGACGCGGCGCUUUUCACAUCCUGCGUCGAGCAGCGGCCCAUUGGCGGGCAUUGCCUACUCGCACCCCUUUGUGCUCACCGCAACCGACUCCGGACUUAUCUCGCUGUAUGCAUUUGCACCUGAGGCUAAACAAAACGCUGCACAACGGGUGGUUGGAUCGUCUAACGUGCCCAACGGCCUGGGACUCAGCGCACCGCACCUCCUGACGUCGUUGCGGUCGCACACGUCACGGCCACCUCUCGCCUUGUCGAUCCGAAAACUGGCACUCGUGACGGUUGCAUCAAUUGUGUACACGUUUUCGACUCGCCAAGGAUGGUCAAUUGGUAUCCAAGAUCUACACGUGAAGUCGGACGAGCUUGGAGAUGGUGAUGGGAAAGAAGCCUGUGGCUUUCGACUGCCUACCGUUGUUGCAACACGCUUGGCCAGCACCUUGCCGGUCCGUACCCAUGAGCGAGCCUCUUCGCAUGCACGCACAAGACUACGAAGGACAGGAACGCCGUCGUCCAGUCCUCUUCACUCCGAAACAAACCAGCGUUCCUCCGUGGGGCUUGCUCCUAUGAAAGCAGCAACGCCUGUGCCUCCAUCCGGGCAGAGACACAUACAUCGGGAAAGUCCGGUUCGGCAUGAAGACGAGGUCGAUGGCGGACCCACCACCCUCUGCUACUCGCACCCCUAUCUACUGGCCAGCAUGCCUGACAACACACUGAUUCUCCAUCUGUGCACGUCAAAUGCUUCGACGCUGACCAUAUCGGCUGGCAUUCGACUAUGGGGCCACACGUCCGGGAUCAGUGAUGCCGAAAUAACGGCGCGCGGGAAGGCUGUCUCGGUGAGCUUGCGUGGUGAGGAAAUGCGUGUCUGGGAGCUUGAAGGGCGGCCCGCUGCCGAACGCGGCCGCAGCGUGGCCAUACGGCCACAUCUACGCGACGUGGCGUCGAGUCGUUGGAGCAGUGAUGAUGACGGUAGAGAGUCAUUGACGCGCGACUGGGACGAACGCCGUAAUUGGGUUGGGUUUGAUGAUGAGAUGGUCAUCGUACUGAAGCAGUCGCCCGGUGGCCGAGAAACGUUAUUGAUGUACGAUUUUACGUGA